CUGUACAGUUAACAUCAGUCCAAAUACUUAAUUCAUGUGUUAAUGAACUUAGUGAUUCAAUGCUGUUCACAUAUACACAUAAUCCCAAACCAUUAAACAAUUUGUGAACAGUGUUUUUCAUUAUUAAUGAGAGUGGUCAAAUAAUGUGUUGUUUACUUAAUGAAUUAAUAUUUUCUAAUAAGUGUUCACAAUUACAUCACAUUGAAUAGUGUGUAAACAUAGAUACUCAUAAACAGGUUGAUGAAGGAUGUUGAUAAAUGAACUUAAAAUCAGGACAUUCCAUGAGCAAUUAAAGAAAAUAAGUUAUUAAAGGUAAUUAAGCUGUCCCUGCAUUGUGUCAGAUGGUAUAAAUAAGACCCUUUUCAAUUUCUGUUCAUUCUAUUACCUUCCCCCUACAAAGAAACAUUCAUACUCAUCUAUUACCCAGCAAUGGCCAAGUUUGCAGUAUUUGGGAGCAGCUAUGUUACUCGUCUUGAGAGAUAUUGUCAUGGUGAUCUUAAGGUUCCUGGCACCGUCAGAUUCUUCGGGAAGGGUGGCAUGCGUUCUGAUUCGAUUCCAAGACAACUACUUAGAGACCUGAUAGAGUACAACCCUGAUGUUGUACUCAUCCAACUAGGAGGAAAUGACAUCUCAGCGACAUCAUCUCCCAACGACAUUUUCCAGAGACUUCUGACACUGCAGGUGGACCUACAUCAUGCUGGAAUUCAGGAGGUGUACUUUACAGAGAUUGUGCGACGUGGUAACUUUGACAAGUCCCCAGGCCUGACAGCGACGUCUUUUGAGAAACAACGGAAGAAGAUAAAUCGACUACUGCUGACUAGACUGAGUUACAUCAAGAUUAGAGUUAACUUUCCGGAGGACUAUGACCGUGACCAAGUGCAUUUCAACGACUCAGGACUCAGGACCCAGUUCCAUGCUUUGAGACGACCAUUUUUUGCAUAAUUGAUUGAAAUUGAUAAACACCUUUUAUUAUGUCAUGUUACGCUUUGUAAUUUAUAAUAUGUUUCAAGCAUUUAAUCUUAAAAAUGAUUGAUUUAUUGAUAAUGGGUAAUAGAGACAAUGUUAUAAAACAUAUACUUUAAGUGUGUCACUAUUCGCUAGAUUUAAAAAUGUAUGACAUUGUAAAAUAAAUAAAAAGGUUGUAUUAAAUUUAUGUAAUUCAUUUUGAAAUAGAAGCUGUUUUGAUAUAUAUUAUGUAUAUUGUUAUAAUGUAUGUCAUAUGUUUCAAUAUUUAAUCUGUUGAAAAUGAAAAUACACAUGCAUCAUAAUUCUAUGUGUACAAUAAUGAUUUCUUUAAAUAUAUCAUUUGUAGAUUUGAU